AUGAAGAUCGCGUCCAGGGAGAAGGAGACGACGGGUGAAUCGCGGGGGCGUGCGAAAUGGCAGUACUAUUUUGGCCAUUUGAAGACGCUGCUCAAGACGGACCCAGUGUUCAAGAUAUCAAGGCUUAAGUUGAUUGGUCCUCUGGAUAAGCCGAUCUCGGUCCCACCUCCUGGGACCAACAAAGUCGACGAGAUCAAUUUGAUUUUGCAGAUGUUGAACGACAUGGGUGUCUGCCCUAACGCCUUUGAUGGAGAUGAACUGCUGAGUUGCAGCUUGGAACAGUAG